UGCGAGGAGCCGGGCUGGACGACCUCUGCGCCCCGGCAGCGCCGGCGGGACGGGGGCCGAGACACACGCCCGAGUGUUUUGUUCGCCAUUGGGCCUUGAUUAGCAGCUCGGCGGCCGGACAAUUAAAAUGCAGCGCUGGGGCAUGGCCGUCAAUGUGUACUCGACGUCGGUGACCAGCGAGAACCUGAGCCGCCAUGACAUGCUGGCCUGGGUCAACGACUCCCUGCAGCUCAACUACACCAAGAUCGAGCAGCUCUGCUCAGGCGCUGCCUACUGCCAGUUCAUGGACAUGCUGUUCCCUGGCUGCGUGCACCUGCGGAAGGUGAAGUUCCAGGCCAAGCUGGAGCACGAGUAUAUCCACAACUUCAAGGUGCUGCAGGCCGCCUUCAAGAAGAUGGGAGUGGACAAGAUCAUCGCGGUGGAACGGCUGGUGAAGGGCAAGUUCCAGGACAACUUUGAGUUCAUCCAGUGGUUUAAGAAGUUCUUUGAUGCCAACUAUGACGGGAAGGAGUACAACCCUCUGCUGGCGCGGCAGGGCCAGGAUGGCGCGCCCCCCCCAAACCCAGGUGAUCACACCUUCAACAAACCCAAGAAACCCAUUGGCACUGCAGUUCCCCAGAGGACCUCUCCCACCGGCCCCAAGAACACGCCAAACCCAGCACGCCUCACCAGCGUCCCCAGCAGCAUCCUCCGGAAAAACUCCCCUGCCACCCGCAACGGGGGCACUGAGGCCGACGCACAGAUCCUGGAGCUCAACCAGCAGCUGCUGGACCUGAAGCUGACGGUGGACGGGCUGGAGAAGGAGCGUGAUUUCUACUUUAGCAAACUGCGGGACAUCGAGCUCAUCUGCCAGGAGCACGAGAACGAGAACAGCCCCAUCAUCACCGGCAUUGUCAGCGUCCUCUACGCCACGGAGGAGGGCUUUGCCCCACCAGAGGAUGACGAGCUGGAGGAGCAGCAGCCAGAGGAGCAGGACGAGUACUAGCCCCUACGGCAACGCUCCCGCGCCCCGCGCCGCUCCCCCACCAUAGACAUUUGAGGUCUGAGCCCGUGCGCCUCGCCCUGCACUCUCACACGCCAUCACCGUCUCCAGCAGCCGAGCCCGUGGCCUCGGCAUCCAGCAGCGCUGGGGGGAAGCUGCUGUCUCCCCACAUAGAGAUGCCCAUCCGGCGCAGAGGACGGCUGUGCCUACGCUGGGGGCUGGGGUCAGGCUCUGGUCGCCGCACCCGGUGCCCGGCCCUCGCCACCCUCACCCCAUAUUUAUUUCCGUUGUCCCCUCGGGUGUGAGCGCCGCAGCUGCCCCGGCAUCCCUGCCUGCCCCACUGCGUCAGAGGGAAAGACUAGUCCUGAGGAGGGGGGUUUCCCUGGGUGGAGCACGCUGCCCGCACUGCUCGCACCCUGCCGGCCCCUGGGGAUGGGGAUGGGGCUGGAGCCAGCGACCCUGGGACCACAGCAUGGGGCUCGAUGCCUACCUAGCGGCCUGGGUGGGGAGGAUGCGGCUCCCAGGAGGGAGGUGCUGCUGCUUCAGGUUCCCAAGAUGAAAAAGAAACCCGGACUGGUUGAGGACAGUGGAGGGAGACUGACCCCACAGUAUAUCCUGGAGCUGGGCCCCGGCCCCUCUGUGGCAUGGGGAGGGCGGUGCCCCUCUCCCCAGCCGGGGGCCUCCUCCCCUCACCCAUGGCCAGCACAGAUCCCCGUGUCGGAUACUGGCCAGGUCUCCUACCCUGCGGGGCGCUGGGGUGGGUUUGUCAGCCCCGGUCGUCAUUUUCCCCCGUUGCAUUGCUUGUCUGGUCCAUCACUCCGGUUGCAAAGCCUGCAUCUGUGUUAAAUUUUAUUUAAAAUAAACUUGUGUGGUAAAACCCA